AUGCAACUCACAAUUCACCUCGUCACUGAUGAGCUAAUGUAUUGGCGUUCGCUAUUUUUGCUUGCUUUCCUACCUUGUUGCUUGUCAGCUGGGUCAUUAACAGUUGUAAUUGACCUUAAUGAAAAAUUUCUGGAUGUCAGCAAUGAAGGAUUUUGGAUUGUGAAGUUCUACGCUCCGUGGUGUGCUCAUUGCAAGCGGCUUCUCCCAGUCUGGGAACAUCUUGGACAUGCUGUUAGUGACAAGAACUUGCCUGUGAGAGUGGCAAAAAUGGACUGCACUCGGUUCACGAGCGCCUGCAAUAGCCUCUCGAUAACAGGCUACCCAACGAUUCUGUUUUUCCGUCAGGGACGCAGGCUAGAGUACCAUGGAGAGCGCACGAAAGAGGCCCUCUUCAAUUUCGUCGUCAAAAGCUCAGCCCCAGUUAUAGAAAAAAUCAGCGCUGCGAGAAUCAAUGACAUAAGACGAGACUCUCGAAAUGAUCCUUGUUUUGUUUUGGUUGGAGAGGAAAAGGACGAGAUCCAUCAUGAAUUUGAAGAGAUUGCUAACUCGCUGUUUUCAAUGACGAGAUUUUUCGCUGCCACUGCCUCUUCUGUUCCAGCGACACUCAGAGAGUCGGGUGCUCGAGUAGUUGUGUUCAAGGAUGAUGCUUUCUUUCCAUACCAUGGUUCUGUUGAAGGGCUAAGAAGUUGGGUUAUGGCUGAACGUUGGCCACUGAUGCCUCGUGCGUCGGCCACAAAUCUAGGCGAUAUUGCCACCACUGGAAAGCUUAUUGUACUUGUGAUAUGCACUGAGCUCGAGAGAUUUAAUCAGUCAUCACCUGUUGGAGUAUUUUAUGGGAAAGCACGUGGUGCAGCUGAGGAUUUACGCAACUCUCCAAAUUUGUGGACGCGGUAUCAAUUUGCAUGGAUCGACGGUUCAGAGGCUGUUACCAGUAUAGUGAUGAGCAAUAUGGAAGUCCCUAGCAUGCUCGUACUGAAUUACACUUCAUUCGAAUAUUUCCUUAACGAAGACGACACGGAAAAAGUCACGCGUGCGUCAAUAAUCACUUGGCUUAGCAAUCUGGCUGAUGGAAUUGAAAAGGGGACUGCUACGCCUCUUGGAGGUCGUUCGUUGCCAGUUCGGAUACGGCGCAUUAUUUUUGAAGUUUACAUGAACGUCACUCAAAUGUUCGCUACGCAGCCGUUAUUGUCAUCGGUUCUAUUUGGAAUGCCGAUUGCGUUCCUCAGUAUCAUUUGUUACAGUAUUUGCUCGGCAGACUUCAGCGUUGAAAGGGAAGAGUUCUACCCGGAUGACGAAGAUGAAGACUACAAUGAUGUUGAAGAGGAGUCCGAAUCUGCUGUUAUAGCUGACCCAAGUCACGUUAAAAAUGAGUAA